AUGGACAAAUUCCUUAUAAAAGUACCAACACGAACAACGCGUGCAAGCGCGGCUAAUGCAUCACGAAAGAUCACUUCUCAGCUGGAACCUGAUGACGAACUGGCUGUUCCUGUGGAGAAGCGCGCUGUGAAACGCCCUUCUCCUCGUCCAGACGAGGAUUUUGACGCGUCUGAAUCAGAAGGAAACGCGACCCCUGAGAAGGAUAUCAAGCAACCUGCCCCGAAAAAGAGAAAAACCCAGCCUUCAAGGAGUAAAGCUGAAAAUUCCAAGAUCCAUGAAUCUCUAUUUUCUCUAAAGGGAGAGACAAGUCCAACACCAUGCACUCCUCCAUCUAGGCGACAUCAGAUCACAUAUCACCGACCAUUGUUACUGAAAGAGUCUUCCUCUCGUCAAGCGCUUCUCAAAUGGUUUGAUGGUGUCAGUACCAAACGCUCAAUGCCAUGGCGCAAGACCUGGAUAAACCCAAAAGACCAUGGGCAGGAUGAACUUCAGGAUCUUUUGGAGCGACGAGCAUAUGAGGUCUGGAUCAGUGAGAUCAUGCUACAGCAAACACGAGUGGCUGUAGUCAUCGACUAUUGGAACAAGUGGAUGGACAAGUGGCCUACGAUUCAUGAUCUUGCUGCUGCAAGUUCCGAUGAUGUUCUUAGUGCUUGGCGUGGGUUGGGUUACUACAGUAGAGCAACUAGGAUUCACGAGGCAGCAAAGCUUGUUGUGAACGAUUCGACCAUGAAGGGGCUACUACCCUCUGAUACACAAAACCUUGAGGCCAAGGUUCCUGGUGUUGGGAGAUAUACUGCCGGUGCCAUCUCAUCCAUUGUCUUCGGAAGGGCGGCGCCUAUGGUGGAUGGAAACGUUCUACGAGUUUUGAGUCGACAACUUGGACUGUUCGGAAACGUCAAGACGAACAAAACUGUUAUUGACACGCUAUGGGCCGCCGCCGACGCCCUUGUGAAAGCUAUCGCACGAGAUGGGACCGAUAAACAGGAGGACGAAGAAGUUGAGACAAGCGAUCGGCCAGGGAGAUGGGGGCAAGCGCUCAUGGAACUUGGAAGUACAAUCUGUAUUCCUAAACCAAAUUGUUCCGAAUGUCCCAUCACUUCAACUUGUCGCGUUUAUGCUGAAGGGAAAACGUUAUUCUCAAGCAAAGACCAAAACGCGAAGAUUGGAGACAUCGAAGACAUGUGUGACAUCUGCGAAUCUUUCGAAGAGGAAACAUUGGAUGAGACGGAAGUCAAAGUGGAAGACACCAAGGCUUCGAAAAAGACCACAGCUAAAGGAGGUCAAGGCAAGCAGAUGACACUCUCGGCAUUCGCAUUCAAGGGGCCGACUGAAGACAAACCAGCUACGCCCAAGGUGAAAGCAGCCAUGAGUCCCCGCGAUAUUGAGACUGUUGUCGAUCACGCGCGCAAAUUCCCACUCAAAGUGAUCAAGAAAGCCGUGAGGGAAGAAGAAACUUUAGUGUGCGUGAUCCGUCGAGCUGACGGCCAAUACUUGAUCCAGAAACGCCCAGAAAAGGGGCUUUUGGCUGGUCUUUGGGAGUUUCCUAGCCAUAUCCUACAAGACGCCAAAGACGGCAGCACUCCAGCUAAGAGACGAUCGAAAGCGUUGGCACAUGUCUCUAAGCUCGCUGGCGAACAUGGCGACAAAGCAUUGGAACCCAAGCAUGUGGCCGAAUUGGGCAGUGUGCCAUGGCUUUUUUCUCAUAUAAAGCUUACGAUGCACGUCCACUUCUUUACACUUGAAGACGCUGGUUCAGAUGAUACCGAGUCAUUAACUAAGGAUCGUUUGAGAUGGGCGACAAGUGAAGCCGUCGACGCAGAGUCGAUGGGAACCGGAAUGCGCCGUCCGGCCCUUCUGGAUGCCAUCAACAGCGCCUGCGACUUGAUUGAUCAGCGGAUUUCUUCAGAUGUUGAAAAAACAAAACAGGAGCUAGAAAAUGCUCUAAGACAGCGAGAUGAAAACGCGUCUCGUAUUGCUGAAUUAGCGGAUGAAAAUGCCAGAUUAAAGGAACAAUUGCAGCAACAAGCAUCUACCCAAUCUGCUGAAAACACCGAGCAGACUCGGACGUCGCCUCCCCGCAGCCCCUCGGGAAAUGCAGACGAAACAGAUUGGAAGCGCGAGUGUGUGAAAGUCAGCCACAAGUUUAAGACACUGUCGGAAACCUUCAAACAAGCAAAGGAUGCCUUGCGGAAAAGGAAGGAAGAAAGGGAUCGGUGGGCCAAGCACGCCACGAUGUUGGAGGAGAAGCUCAAAACAGCAGAGAGAGAACGCGGCGUUGAUAUUACAGAACGCGAGGACAGGAACACCAGAGCGAAAACACUUCCCGCCCCAAGAACAGCAGAAGAAGCUGCGCCCAGUUCCGACACUAGCUUCACUUCUGAAGCUGGCAUGGAUCAAGUCGACUUGGACCUCCCGCCCUUGGCUGCUGCAUCUCUACAUGACAACAACCAGCCAUUCCCAGAUACUACCGCUGCUAACCCCAGCUCAGACGCGACACAGAGUGAUACAGAGUCAAGGCACGAUAAUACCGAAUUGCCAGAGUUGCCGCCCCAGAAUUAUGUCAAAAUCAAGGAAGAGCCGUCAUCCGAUCCAAUCGUCAUAUCUGAAAGACGGGUGCAGAAAAGAAAGCGCGACAAUGAUGAUUCCAACGAUGUACCUCUACGAAGGGUCAAAGUAGAGGAAGAGGAGCGCUCCUCAAGUCCAAUAGACCCCCUGGCAUCUGUCCCUCUGCCUCCGCACGAAAGCCUGGACCUGGGAAGUGGUGUUUCCCCGCGGCUCUUGACACCUCGAAAACGUCGGGAGUUGGAAGAGUCGCAACGGCAAGAGAAGAUUAAAAGCGAAGCAUUUGCAACAGCAACAGCAACGACAACUCCCCGAACUCUAUUCGUCAGGCCGGAUCCUCCAGAAAUAUCUCGUCCAAUCGAACGUGCUUCUGCACUCACACCAAUGAGCGUAAAUCGCAGAGUGGUUCGGCCGGGUAUAGAAAAGCCCAUCACGCCCCUCAGAAAGGGGCUGGAUCGCGGUAUCUCAAGCUUGGCCGAUGACGGAGAAGCCUAUAGGCAGAACAAAGGGACAGAUGCAAACCCUAAGGGGAAGCUGGAUGCGCUGUUGAAUGGUUCUGCUGCUCAAGAUGGCACGCCUGCUGCUCGAGUGACUCCUCGGUCGGCUGCGAAGCCAAACACCAUAGCAGAAGAUCUUGCGUUCCCAGGACGGCGAGUGCUUCCAUUUGAAGCGGCGGGUCGAGCUAAAGACAGGCCUCCUGUUCAACAGAUGCUUACGCCCAACAGAACACCAGCCGCAGCUUCUACAUCCAAGGUUCCACCGCAAAAUGCCAGAUCUCCGCUAGUUUCUAAGCAAGGAGCGCAAUCAGGGCUGCGGCACAAACCACUUUCUCAACUAUGUAUGGAUGAUUUCAAGAUCAACCCUCAGGUCAAUGAUGGGCAUAACUACGCAUUCGCAGACGUUGUACGCGAUAGGGACGAGAGGUCUCGAAUGCGAGGAUGUACCGACAUGCACUGCUGCGGAAAGAAGUACCGGAAGCUCGCCGAAUCUCAACGUCCAAACCCUCCCCUCACAGCUGCCCAACGUCAAGAAGAGCAGAAGUUGUUAGAAGAGUACCUAGGCGAUUAUGCAUUCAAACUAGGAACCAUGGACAAGAAAGAACGGGAUAAUUUGUGGAUUGAAGCCAAAACCCAGGAGCUCUCCAACAAGUACAAUACUCACCGCUUCAACUACGCAAGAAUGCAAAGCCCUCCAGGAUUUUGGGACGCAGAUUUUCCAGAUACGCAAAAAAUAGAGCAGGAGAGAUCAGAGGCUGCUCGGAGAGAAAAGCAAGCAGUCAAGGAUAGACACCGGGAGGCAAUGAGACCAGGUGGUAGAUGGCUGUUUCGUGAUGAAUAA